CGCAUGCGCACUGCGUGCACUUCUUAUUGUCAUCUGCAGAAUUUCUGCAUUUUCAUAUGUAGCUUUGAUAUUAUUGUAUUGUUUGAGUCCGUUCGCACCUCUUUGCUUCAUGCUCACUUUUCUUUUCACCACCGUGUUUUGCGCCACGUACCUGUCACCGAUCAUCAGUCAUGUCAACGGUAAAGACUUCACCGAGCAGGAAAUGUCUCAUUACAGAGACAGAAUAAAGUCCAUGUUUUAUCAUGCCUACAACAACUAUCUGGAAAACGCUUACCCUUAUGAUGAGUUGAGACCUUUGACGUGUGAUGGACAGGAUACAUGGGGCAGUUUCUCUCUCACACUCAUUGAUGCACUGGACACAUUGCUGAUUUUGGGGAACCACACAGAGUUCCAGCGUGUGGCCACAUUGCUUCAGGACACGAUUGACUUUGACACUGAUGUGAAUGCGUCCGUUUUCGAGACAAACAUUCGGGUGGUCGGUGGGCUUCUGUCGGCCCAUCUGCUUUCCAAGCGCGCAGGGAUGGAGGUUGAGGAGGGCUGGCCUUGCUCUGGACCUCUCCUGCGGUUGGCAGAGGAUGCUGCCCGUAAACUACUGCCUGCAUUCCAGACCCCCACAGGCAUGCCAUAUGGCACAGUUAACCUUCUGAAGGGUGUUGACCCCACUGAGACCCCUGUCACCUGUACUGCUGGAGUGGGCACCUUCAUCCUGGAGUUCUCCACCCUUAGCCGACUCACGGGAGACCCUGUGUUUGAGAAUGUGGCACGCAAAGCUCUCAAGGCUUUAUGGAGAACACGCUCCGAUAUUGGCUUGGUGGGCAACCAUAUAGAUGUUGUAACCUCUAAGUGGGUGGCUCAGGAUGCAGGGAUUGGUGCGGGAGUGGAUUCAUACUUUGAGUAUCUUGUAAAGGGAGCCAUCAUGUUGCAAGACGAGGAGCUGCUGACAAUGUUUUAUGAAUAUGAUAAGUCCAUAAAGAACUACACAAAAUUUGAUGAUUGGUAUCUGUGGGUACAGAUGCAUAAGGGAACCGUAUCAAUGCCUGUGUUUCAAUCUCUGGAGGCUUUCUGGCCCGGAUUACAGAGUUUAAUAGGUGAUAUUUCUAGUGCAACAAAGACCUUCCAUAAUUACUACAGCGUAUGGCGUCAGUUUGGAGGCCUUCCGGAGUUCUACAGCAUUCCUCAAGGAUAUACAGUGGACAAACGGGAGGGAUACCCUCUUCGGCCAGAGUUGAUCGAGAGUGCCAUGUAUCUGUAUAAGGCCACCGGUGACCCGACCUUCAUGCAGCUCGGCCGGGAUGCAGUAGAAUCUAUAGAUAAAAUCAGCAGGGUGAACUGUGGCUUUGCCACUGUUAAGGACGUGAGGGACCACAAGCUGGAUAACCGCAUGGAGUCCUUCUUUCUGGCGGAGACCAUUAAAUACCUCUACCUCCUUUUCGAUCCUGAAAACUUCCUGCACAACAACGGUACCGAGUUCGAGCUCGGCGGCCCGCAGGGGGACUGCGUACUCAACGCGGGGGGUUACAUCUUCAACACUGAGGCUCAUCCGUUGGACCCUGCUGCCCUUCACUGCUGUAGCCGGGACCAGGAGGAACACAAAGAGCUACAGGAUAUACUCCUCGGCUUCUCUGAAGCACUCAGGCCCUCCAUGGACCAAUCAGAGGAGACUUCAGGGGCCUGGGACCCGCCUGAGAGCAUAGCACUGAAGCCGGGCGAGAGACGGAAAGCUCCUGUGCUUUCUUGCCCCACUCAACCUUUUAGUGCCAAACUGGCUGUUAUGGGUCAAGUCUUCUCUGACAACUCGUGAACAGACUUCAAUCUUUUUGUGAACAGUGUACAAAGAUGGAGAGUAUGUUUGUAAUUUAAUUUUGGAAAGAUUAAAUGUUUUCUAAAUGUGUGGAUUUUUUCCACUCCCUUUUAUUAAAAAAGUUUUAGAUAAUGA